CCUUCUCCCAACUAUAUUAUUAUUCUAAAUCUAACCACUCUCUUUCUCAAUCUCUCUUUUUUUGUCCCUUCCCAUUUGGAAAAAGCAAAAAAAAAAAAAACUCCAUUUUAUUUUUUCACUUCCAUCUCUCAGAUUCCGUCUCCAAUCCCCAUGGCUGAAGAAUCCAAGAAAAUCGAAUUCACCCCGCCGCCGUCCGAUCCUACUCCACCGCCGCCGCCGCCGCCCCAAGAACUCCCAAAGGACGUCGCCGAGGAGAAAAGCGUCAUUCCACCACCCCCACCGCCGCUGACGAAAAAACCUGAUGAUUCCCAAGCUCUCGUUCUCGUUGAAGUUCCAGAAGCUGCUGAGCCCAAAAGUACCGAGGGCUCCGUGAACAGAGAUGCUGUGUUAGCAAAAGUUGCAACAGAGAAGAGGUUGUCACUGAUUAAAGCUUGGGAAGAAAGUGAAAAGUCUAAGGCAGAGAACAAAGCUCACAAAAAGUUAUCUUCUGUUGUGGCAUGGGAGAAUAGCAGAAAAGCUUCUGUAGAAGCUGAGUUGAAGAAGAUUGAGGAAAGUUUGGAGAAGAAGAAGGCUGAGUACAUUGAGAAAAUGAAGAACAAAAUUGCUCUGCUUCACAAAGCAGCAGAGGAGAAGAGGGCGAUGAUCGAAGCCAAGCGCGGAGAAGAUCUUCUCAAGGCAGAGGAGAUGGCUGCAAAGUACCGUGCCACUGGUACCGCCCCGAAGAAGCUUCUCGGGUGCUUCUCGAGUUGAAUGUCUCGUGCCCGAACACUGAUUAUUGUGUAUUGAAAAAUACAAAUCUUCAUCAGUUCAUCUCAUUUGGGUGUUAAUUAGAUGUGUUGUGUGUGUGAUGGAACGAAAACUGUUGUUUAUGUUUUGAUUUAUUGGUGUGUGUAGGGUUUAAGUGUUUGUGAAUAUGAUAUUUGGAGGAAGAUUACUUUGAAUGUAAAUCUACAUUGUUAUAGUGAUUAUUAUUUAUUGCAACUGAAACAGAUGUGAAAUGUUUGUUAAUAUUACUUUUCUUUGCAUGUUU